AUGGGUGUCGAGAACGAAGCAACGCAGACUGACGACUUGCCCUCGUCGUCAUCAAGCUCGGGAGCCAGCAAGAACGAUCCUCCGCAGUUUGCCGACGAUGCCUUCGAGAAGCAGCGAACGGAGGACUUCAAUUCCUUCCAGUUUGCCGGCAGCUUCGAGAAACGGGACGCUCUCUGGGCUGGCAAGGACAGGGAAGAGGAUGCACCAGAGCAAGUCUUACACCGGAGUCGCACUGUCACCUUUGGAAAACUGAAGUUGAGAGCUUCGGAGGAUGACUUGCCCUCGGACUGGUGGUUCGCAUCCACUGCCAUCCCUCUGGUCGCCGCCACCUUCGCGCCUAUGGCGAACCUGUUCUCAAUCGCCGCACUGGUUGUUUCGUGGCGAAACAAUAUCACAACAGACACUCCUAUCCUCAGGGAUGCUACGUCUGAAGGCUAUCCGGAUCCGAACUGGUGCUACAACCUCAAUGUUGUUUCUCUGGUCGUGGGGUUUAUAGGAAACAUGUUCCUGCUCUUCAACUUCACUCGACGUGUGCGCUAUAUUGUUGCGCUACCCGUCACCAUUAUCUGCUUUUACUUUGCAUCAGGGAUUUUGAUCGGCAUCACAGCAUCGAUGAACAUGUACGUACCACCUGGCCAGAACCAGAUUUACUCGCAAGGUUUCUGGUAUGCCAUUAUCGCCGCCUGCCUCUAUGUCCUCAACUCGAUGAUCUUGAUGGUCAAUAUGGUUGGAUACUUCCUUGGACACUAUCCUCAGCACUUCACGCUCACCGAUGAGCAACGAAAUUUGAUCCUUCAGACCAUGAUGUUCUUCAUCUGGCUCGGUGGUGGGGCAGGAGUCUUCGCAACCCUAUGCGACAUGACUUUUCCUGACGCCCUGUACUUCUGCGACGUGACUGUCUUGACCAUCGGUUUUGGUGACUUUGUUGCGACUAACGACGCUGGACGAGGCCUUGUCUUUCCUUAUUCAGUAGGUGGCAUCAUCAUCCUCGGUCUGAUGGUCAGCUCGAUACACAGGUUCGCCGAGGAGCUCUCAAAGGAGAAUGUGGUCCGGAAACAUGUAGAGCAUCGACGAGUGGAUACACUCUCGCGCGUUGUAACAGAUGACGAAGGUGAAAAGAAGCGAGAGCACCUCGAGCACGAAAUAGAGAAGCUGCAUGGCGCCAGGCCUGUCAUCUCAAGUCCGAUCCCCAUCUCCGCGCCGCCUCAGUCCGAGCCUCAAUCAGCAACAGAAUCACGAACACAGACUAUCCAGUUCGAGGCGCCUUCCAAAGAAGGUCCUAAGCAGGACGAAGCUACGCAGACAAAUGGUGACGAUGAUGCACCCAAGCCGCACCAGUUUCUCAACCGAGCCGUACGAACCUUAACGCGUAGCACGUUUUCGAUAGCCGCGCAGGCGAUGCGACCGAAGCAGAAGAAGGCGCUUGUCAUGCGGAAAGAGAAGGAUCGAUUCGAUGCGAUGCGGAAGAUCCAGAGCGAUGCUCGCUCGUUCAAGAAGUGGUCCGCUCUGGGUGUGUCCGUCAUUGCUUUCGGCAUACUCUGGUGCCUGGGAGCAGUGGUCUUCUGGCAAGCCGAGAUGAACACCCAGGGUCUGAGCUACUUUCAGGCACUCUACUUCUGCUACGUCUCCCUCCUGACCAUCGGCUACGGCGACUUUAGCCCCAAGAGCAAUGCCGGCAAACCUUUCUUCGUCCUCUGGUCCCUGAUCGCCAUCCCCACCAUGACCAUCCUGAUCUCAGGCAUGGGCGACACCGUCAUUGCAAGCUUCAAGCGCGCCACAAUAAGGCUUGGCGACUUCACGCUCCUGCCCAAAGCCGGUAUGUGGCACAAAUUCGUCAACUCUCAGCCUUGGCUGUAUACGUGGCUGCAAGCUAUGGAUAUCCGACGGAAGCGCAAAAAGGGCUUACCGGUGGGUGACCAAAAGCCUGAUGUUGAUGCGGACGCACCAACGUUGGAGAUGCUCGCUCACGAAGACCUAAGCGAUGGGCACAUGACGCGUAGGCUGACCUUCGCAAUCCGUCGUGUGGCCGACGAUCUGGUCAGGUUUCCUGGCAAAAGAUACAACUAUGAGGAGUGGGCCGACUUCACACGUCUGAUACGCUUCACCAAGAUGAGCGUGGAGGAGCUGCAGCGUGAUGAGGACGCUGAGGGUGUCAUAGAAUGGGACUGGCUCGACGAGAACAGCCCCAUGCUCAGCGAUCAGAGUGAGUCCGAAUGGGUGCUGGAUCGCCUGUGCGAGAGUUUGCUGCGGUGGCUGAAAAAGAACUGCAUCGGCACAGACGAGGCGGGCCACGAGCUGUCACAGGAAGAGAAGGAAUAUGCCGGACUCACACGGUCCCCUACACUAGUCAGAUCGAAUACGCUUUCCAAGCAGAUGUCGAAGAACUCAAGGACCAACAUCUUGUCAAGACAAGAGUCAGAAGGCCGCUCGACAGGCGCAGCAAUGCUCGAGUUCAUCACUGGCACACGCGACGCCCAGUCUAGCGGCGAAGCGAUCUGGAGCGACAAGGCACGCGCUCGGGCGGAGAAGAGGCCUGACCAGGAGCGCAGGAGGUCGAGUACGAAGGAGCGGAAGGGGCCGUUUGCGCGACUCACGCAUGGGCGGGCUGCGAGGGCGCCGGCGGGAGGAGCGGUAACGCUAAAGGGGCGGUCGAUGGCGCGGUUAAAGGGAGGUGUCUUUUGA